AUGGAGACAGACCGCAGUUGGAUGUACAGGAGCCACACAAACGGGCUGCUAACCACGGGGUAUAAGGAGCAUGUGAAGGAGUUUGUCCGGUUUGCAUUACGGCAUCUGGCUUGUAUGAGUGGGGUACAGAUAAAAUGCCCCUGCCCUAAGAGAGGUUGUCGAAAUACAAGCUAUCGGGAUGUCGAUGAGGUGGAAUUCCAUCUAUUGAAGAAUGGGUUCGUGAAAGGUUACCAAGUAUGGGUUUUUCAUGGCGAGGGGAGCGUUUUGAACCCCCCUCCCCUUGCACAGUUACCAGAGCAGGAUGUUGAGUUCGACUAUGAAGAUGAGGGGCCAGGUGAGUUCAGUUCCGCUCAAAGAAUGAUUCUUGAUGCGGCCGGUCCAGAAAUAACGUUUCCUGAAGAUGAGCUCCCGAAUGCUGAAGCUCAAAAAUUUUAUGAUAUGAUGCGUGCGGUUGAAGAAGAUAUAUGGCCUGGGAAUAGCAGACACUCUCCAUUUUCUGCAUCUGCUAAAGUGAUGGAGAUCAAGUGUCGACAUAAGGGUUCAGUAGCUUUAGUUGACGACGUAUGCGGGUUGAUAAAGGAGCUGCUCCCGGAGGACAACAAGAUUCCAAAGAAUUUUGCUAAAAUUAAGAAGCUGGUCAAAGGUUUGGGGUUGCCGGUUGAGGUUAUUGACUGUUGUUUUUAUAACUGUAUGAUUUAUUGGGGGGAGGACGCGGAUCUAACGCACUGCAAAGUUUGCAAUUAUGCGCGGUGGAAACCUGUGACCCACGGAAAAUCCACAAAAAGAAAGGCUAACGUGCCAUAUAGUAAAAUGUUCUAUUUUCCAAUAACUCCGAGGCUACAGAGGUUGUAA